AAGUUUUGCAGAGAGACACAUCAUGUGCUGGCAUGGAUUGAGCUGAACUGAGAUUCUUGAUUUUUUUUUCAGGAUUGUAUCAUGCUUACCAUUUAUAGGGUUGAUUCCUCACUAUUCAACAAGAUGAAAUGAGCUGAAUGCAAGGUAAUUGGUUCCAGUAUGAUAGCUGUGUUGUUAUUUUACUUUCCCCUGUCCAAGGUGGUUGAUUAAGACUUUUCAUUUCUUGAUUCAAGGAUGGUAGUUAAAAUUGAUACUGUGUUUUACUGAUAUUUAUGUAGGGAAGGAAGACAAGCUUCCAUAAAGAGGGUGACAUCAACUUCUCCUAAAUCACCGAUUUAAGUGGGAAUAUUCUUUCUGAGGCUUGAUCUACAAUGACCAUUUGAUGAAGUUUGAAGUUAACUGUGGCAGCCAGAUAACCAACUCCUGCAAAAUUACAUGAAAGAAAACCACUAAUAUGCUUUAGUGCUUCAAACUAAUUCCAGGAUUUCAUUGUAAUCAUCUGAACAGAAAAACCAUUUUCUUCAAUACCAGUUUGAAACUGCAUUAAAUGAUCAGUGUAAAAUCUGGUAUCUUAGACCACUAAAAGUGAGUAAAUUCUCUGUAGAAUCUUUUAGGUUGCUACUGUUGCUACCCUUGUAUUCUUUUCACUUCUACACAACUGCAGUUCAGAGUGCAUCUAUGCUGUAGAAUUAUUACAGUUUCAUGUCACUUUAACAGCCAUGGUUCAGUGCUAUGCAACCAUGGGAACUCUAGGCACCAGAAUUAUUUGGCAGAAAAAUCUAAAGACCUGGAAUUAUGAUUCCAUAGAAUUGAGCCAUGGCAGUUAAAAUGAUGGCAAACUGCAUUAAGCCUACUAUUUAGAUGCAAACUAAAAUACUCCUCACAAGAUUCCAGCUCCAUUUGUAAUGCAUAUUGAAUGACUCCUUGUUGCAUCAUUUGUAGGCUAGAGUAGUUUAUAUUAUUUUGCUUUAUUUACUAGCAAAACUACCUAGUUAUUCAUUUCACUUUCAUCCUACCCCAGUGCAUAUUUUGUAAGUGUAUGAUAGUCUUUCCUUUUUUCUCUGUAUCUCCCUCUUCCAAUUCUCAUUGAUCCUACACCAUAGACCCUAUACCACCUACAUAGGCGUCUGCAUCCACACUGCAAAAGUCUGUGGAAUGCACAAUGGCAAUCAAGACAGUUGUGUUUGGCUUCAAUUGGGAAAUUAACCCAACUGUCCUCACUGGCAUUACAUUUGAGAGAGAUUGGGUAAAUUGGGGCAUGACUGCAUUCAGGUGACUUAAUCUUGGAUUACUCCAGGGUAGCAUAAAGCCACCAUAGGACUGAUUUUUAUCUAUACAGACUUAAAUGGUUAAUGUAGAUGUGCCCUAAGUUUCAAGGCAGUAAACAACAAGAUUAAUUGCACUGCAAAGAAAUAACAAGUGAAUACAAUUCACUACUUUUUAAGAAAACUACUUUUGACUUUAUAUGGGCAUUUUGACUUUAUCUUCCACAGCUGUUCUGACUACUAUGUGAUUUUUGCAGGUGCUGAAUUAUAUUCCUUCACAUGUUUUGUACCCAAUACAUCUCAUAAACUAUUCAGAAGACUGUGGUAGGACAUGCACUAAAACCAAGAUGUUUUGACACUGGCAUUGGAUUCAGAGACCACCAGCGCUUGUGAUAUAUCCUUCCAUCUCCACUCACCCUCCACAGUAAUACAUGCUACUUCAAGUCACUAUAGUCAUAUAAUUGGAUUUCAUCUUAUUGCAAUGUAUAAUACUUCUCUUGCUUCACUUAACAGUUUCUAUGCUUUUAAUUGUUGCUUCUGCCUUUGCUAGAAAUAGAAAUGGACAAACAAAACCAGACCUCCAUUGUAACAUAUUUUGUCCUCUUAAGAUUUUCAAAUUACACAGCAAUGCAGGUUUUCCUAUUCUUGGUAUUUUUCUCUGUGUAUGGCAUAACCUUGCUGGGGAAUUUUACAAUUAUUAUAGUAAUAAAGUGUAACAAUCACCUCAGUACUCCAAUGUAUUUUUUCCUUAGUUAUCUGGCGUUUCUAGAUAUCUGUUUUUCUUCAGUCACUGUGCCAAAGCUGCUAGAGAUUUUGUUUGUGAGCCAGAAAAUUUCAUAUAAUGGCUGUCUCAUUCAGAUGUUUUGUCUUUGCCUCACAGCAGGCACUGAAACAUUCCUUCUGUCAGCAAUGGCUUAUGACCGAUUUGUUGCCAUUUGCAAGCCUCUGUAUUAUGUACAAAUCAUGAAUAGAGCAUUUUGUAGACAGUUAGUAGGUGGUGCAUGGACAAUAGGGACUGGAUAUGCUAUGACAAAUACGUUGUCUGUAUUGAAACUAGUCUUCUGUGAAUCAAAUAUUAUCAGUAACUUCAGCUGUGAGUUUCCAUCUCUCCUGGCCCUAUCCUGCACAGACACUUCCCUGAAUGCAAUGAUACUUUUUAUAACUGGUGGUACAGUUGGGGUUUCUUCAUUCUUUAUUAUUAUCUUGUCCUACAGUUAUAUUAUCUCUACUAUCCUGAAAAUACAUUCAGCAGAAGCCAAAAGAAAAACUUUCUCCACAUGUAGUUCUCAUUUAAUUGUUGUAAUUUUAUACUAUAGCAUGGGGUCAUUUAGGUACCUGAGGCCUGAAACAGCUUCUUCAAUAGUUAUAGAUACACUCUUUUCUAUCCAAUAUAACAUUGCAACAUCCAUGUUAAACCCCAUUAUCUACAGCUUGAAGACCAGAGAAGUGAAGGAGGGCAUCAAGAAGCUAAUGGGAUAUAAAUAA